AUGUACAAGCACUUCGUCUACCACUCCGUCUACCACUCCAUCUACCACUCCGUCAACCACUUCGUCAACCACUUCGUCAACCACUUCGUCAACCACUUCGUCAACCACUUCAUCAACCACUUCGUCAACUACUUCAUCAACCACUCCGUCUACCACUCCGUCUACCACCACUUCUACUACAAGCACUUCGUUCACCACCACCUCUGA